GAUGAAUCCGCUAUUUGUUACCGUACUUGCGUGCGUCUUUACUGGAAAUGCUCUGGCAGCCUAUAUCGAUGAAGCGUGUGCAAACAGUGGUGAGUGCACGGUGACCAAUUCUUACUGCUACAAGACGUUUAGUAACUGUGACAAAGGGGAGUGUCAAUGCAAAAGCGGUUAUUACGAGGAAGACACACAAACAUGUUUGAAAGAAAGGGGCAUAGGUGAAACAUGCUCUUCCUCGACCCACUGUUUGUAUGGAGCAACCUGUAACAGUGGCACGUCUAAGUGCGCUUGCACUUCCGGUGAAGAGUACAACUCUAAACUGAAGCUUUGUGUGACCUCAGGACUGAAGGCUAUAACAGAAGAAUGUUCGUCAGAUAGCAAUUGUUAUGGUUCAAGUACCAUGGUAGAGUGUCACGGAACUUCUACAAAGACCUGUAAAUGUAAAACAGGGUAUAUCACUGACGCCUAUACAUGCAGACUGCCUCAUGUAACUGAAGAUUGUAAAGUGUCCCCUGGAUGCGCAGAACAGGUAGAUGUCGGCACAGGCCAGGAAACAGAAACAUGCGAUACAAAUGACUUGAAGUGCAAAUGUCCAUCUACAGCAGACCGGGUAUCAGCAGUUGCUGAGGGAGUGACGUACAGACUGUGUUACAGUAAGUACAGCCUUCUUGUAAGAGAUCAACGAUCUUGUUACAGUAAUUUCGUUACCUUGCCUUAG